AGUUAACAAUUAUAGAUUUCUCCAUCGUAGAUGCUCUCAGAGCACCCACAUAACCGUGUGAUUCUCACCCUAGUUCGAUUCAAUGUCUUCUUCAAGCUGCUCUCCUUCAUCCCUCUUUUGCCUCUUGGCCUAAUAUCUGCUCUUCACUCACUUUCUCCAGAGAUCCAAGCUAAUGGAGUUGUCUGCACGAUGCCAAUCUUGCGGCGAACGGUCUCUGGUCACUGAUGAAGUUUCUGAAAAUUUAAUCUGCACAACAUGUGCUGUUGUUCAGGAUUACAACAAUUUUCAGGCCCAUGUUGGUGGUAUUAGUGGCCCGGCUGGCACAUAUGUCCGCACUGGCACAUCAGGCUCUGGCAACAAUUAUUCGUAUAAAGAAAGCAAAAUUUAUAAAGCUGGGGUUCUUAUCGAUGAUAUAUUGUUCAAAUUGAAUUUUUCGGUUCCAUCUAUAGAUGAGGUUAAAAAAAUGAUUGUAACUAUUACUGAAGGUGAGUAUGGUCAAGGUGAUUGGUUUAGUAUAUUUGUUGGUGCGUGUGCUUAUGUUGUUCGGAGGAAAAAUGGGAACCUUCUGCCUAUGACGGAUGUGGCUGCUGUAGUCUGCUGUGAUACUUAUGAGUUAGGAAGAAUGGUUAAUCGAGUUGUUAGUUUUCUUGACUUGAAGUUGCCUGAAUUUGAUAUUGUUUAUUUGUAUGAAACUACACUUAGAAAUAGCCCGAGCUUUAGUUGCAUUGAAGCUGAGAAAAAGGAGGUGAUGUUAAAACAGGGGGUGUUUUUGGUGCAGUGUUUAAUAAAGUGGUUUGUGACAACAGGGAGAAGGCCGGUGCAGGUUGUAGUGUCAGUUUUGGCAUUUAUUGGACAGUUAAAUCAGGUAAAUGUUAAAAUUGAGGAUUUGGCUAGUGAAUUGAAUGUGCCUGCUGUCACUUGUAGAUUGAGGUAUAAGGAGUUGUUAGAGAGGCUUGUGGAGGUUGCAAGAGUGUUGCCAUGGGGAAAAGAUGUUAAUGUAAAGAAUAUAGUGAAAUUUGCACCAUAUGUCAUUCAAUAUAUGGAAAUGAAGUCGAUGGGUAAUGGUCUAAAACAGAUAAAAAAUUCAGAUAAUGUGGGAUUUGACAUUACUUAUUUUUUGAGUGAUUGUUUGCAGGAAAGAUCAGAUAACAUGAUUGAUUCAUAUAGGUCUUGUGAGGGGGAUGAUGUUUUUUCUCAAAAUACUGAGCAAGAACAAUCACCUAGUCUGGAUUUUGCUAAUCUGGAUAAGUUUAAUAUUUCACCUGAAUGCUUGAAAAUGAUUUAUUCCAAGUGCAUGGAAGAGGUUUCUGAUUUUCGUUCCACAUCAGAGUUUGGAAAGGAAAAUAGAAAGAAAAGGAAGAGACAUGACGACUACCUUGACUGUACAGACUGGUGGAAAGGCAAGUCAGAACUCAGCAAAAAACUCUCUCUCAAGAAGAUAUUGGAGAAAGAUGUAGGAAUGGAUGUGAUGCCUCCAGCAUUCGUUAAUGGAUGCUUGACAUACCAGACGAGAAGAGAUAAGAUUGAGGCGGCUAAGGCACGCAUUAAAAACAUCAUGUUUCCAUCGAAUGCUGGUUUACGUGCUGGAAACAGCCAUUGCCUUUCAACAACUGCUAAAAAGGAGAAGAAGAAAAAGAAACGACAUGUAGAUGUUGAUUGGGAAGAUCUUAUAAUUGAAACUCUUCUUCUGCAUCAGGUGAAGGAAGAAGAAAUAGAGAAUGGGUAUUACAGAACCUUGAUGGACUUGCAUGUUUUUAACUCAGGUUGUUUUGAAUGAUCUCAACUCUACGCAGGUCUAUUCAGCUGCAGUGAUUGCUUAACUAGGAGACAUCCCGGAACAGAUUAUGCUGGCGAUAAAUGGAUUCAUCUUUUCUUCUUUUUUUUCCUUUUUUUUUUUUUGUAAUCGGAGAUUGAUACAUGAACAUGUUUUUUGUGAUGA